ACAAGGUCCAAACACGGUGUUAUAAUUGGGUUGCACUCGAAAGUUGAUGAAUUUGGGUUUGUCCUAUGAAUUUGAGAAACCCAAUUAGCCAUUGAAAGAGUCGCAAAAUGCAGAUCUUGUGAGAUUUGUGUGUGUUUGUAUUCAUUCGUUGAUCGAGCAUGAGAUAGAGAUGAAUUUGGUGGGCAGAGAUCGAAUUGAGGCAUUUGUUUCCAUUUUCGUUACUCUUCUUCCACACGAGCUCUCCGCAUUGCUAUACUCUUCCUCCACUUUUUUCUUCAUUUUGAGCGCAUACUUUGUGGUUCUUCCUUUACGUGAUGAAGGAGCUAUAUCUUUGGGAUUGGGGAAUCUCCCCAGCUUGUUUGUGGGAUCUUUGAUACUCACACUCUUUGCUGCCCCUCUUUCCACCUUAAUCUUUUCAUUGCCUAAUCUUUCCAAGUCAAAGGCUUUGGUCUUGAUACACAGGUUUUUUGGGGUCACGCUUGUUGCGUUCUACAUUCUGUGGCUUUUUUCUACUCCUGGGAGUUCACCAUUUAAUAUCAAGGGACUGCUCUCUGUGUCCUCAACUUUAAAACAGGAGUUAAAAGUGGAGGUUAGUCACACGAAUACUCCAAACUCGUCGAGUUGGAGCAACCAUGGUUGGUUCUACGUGUCAGUGAGAAUUGGCCUGUUUCUUUGGGUUGCUUUGCUUAAUCUUAUUACUAUAUCUUCAACUUGGGCUAGAGUUAUUGAUGUGAUGGAUAGUGAGUCAGGUUCAAGAUUGUUUGGGUUUAUUGGUGCUGGUGCUACACUAGGCCAGCUGUGUGGUUCGUUAUUUGCCACAGGAAUGGCUUGGUUAGGACCGUAUUUACUUCUUGUUUCAGCGGUUCUCAUGGAACUUGCUGCACAGUCAUCAAAAGGAAUCAAGAAAGACUUCUUACAACUUCCUGAAGAACUAUCUCCCAUCAGGGAAGCUGAUACAGAUCAAGCUGAAGAGGCCGAUAAUAUACCAGGGCUCACACAGAGAACAACUUCCCCAAAAUCUCCAGCUUCUGUAGCAAAGCCUCAGUUCUGGGCUAUAUUGGAUGGGCUAAAGCUCAUUCUUUCUUCGACUUACUUGUUGCAUGUAUCAUUAUUCCUCUGGCUGAGUGCAGUUGUGUCCUCCUUUUUUUACUUUCAGAAAGUAACUGUUAUUGCUGCUGCAGUAACAGAUCCCACUGGUAGAAGAAGAUUAUUUGCACAGAUCAAUAGCUUCAUUGCUAUUUUUAUCCUUGCUGGACAGCUCACUUUGACGGGGCGCAUCCUUACUUUUGCUGGUGUUACUCUAGCCAUUUGCUCUGCACCUUUUGUUGCCUUUGCGAAUCUAAUUGCUUUAGCAGUAUGGCCCACAUGGAUUGCAGUGGCCAUCUCAGAAACCCUGAGGAAGGUGGUCACAUACGUCGUUACCAGGCCUGCAAGGGAGCUUCUUUUCACUGUUGUCUCACAGGACGAGAAGUAUAAAGCAAAGGUAUGCAUAGAUGUUAUUGUUCAAAGACUUGGGGAUGCUACAGCAGCUGCAAUGUACAAGCUACUCUUCAGCACUCUCAGUGGCAAGGCAUCAGCUGUUUCUCUAUAUGCCCUACCUGUCUGCUUGAUGUGGAUACUGACAGCAUUUUAUCUAGGACACCGAUACAGGCAACUAACAGCGGAUCAUCCCUCUCAACCUGUUGAAACAUGUAGAAGAUACGGAACAUAAUGCCAAACACGAAAAGUUUUUGUAUCUUUCAGAACCUUUAAUGCUUCAGUAUAUGCAGCUCAAGGAUGAUGUCUCAAGUUCUGGCAGUUAAAGUUGCUUGUUCUAAAGCAGGGAUACAAGUCUAGUGGUUGAGGAUCGACCAUUUGGUUUUCAGUAAGAUAGUAGCAUUCCGUAGGAAUGGCAAUAGGGCGGAGCAAGCCUCAACCCGCUAAAUGGAGUAAAAAGUUGCCAUUCCGUACUUGCUGGUUUAAAAAAGUGGAGUAAAGAACAGAGACAGAGGGAUAGAACCACCACACUAAGUUGAGUGACAGUGCCUCAAUAGCUUUAAAUGGAGCUCAACAGGUGUUGAUAUUCAGCCAUUGUUAGGGACACUGACUGUUUUUGAGACAAAUAGGAGCUUGAGUUAUAUAGAAGUGUAUCCAAUGAAGGUGGCAAAUCCAGAUGCACCGUGAGAACCUGUACUGGUUUUCUUUGGAUAUUCAUAGGAGUCAUAUAAUCCAGGUGUGAAUACUUUUACUGCUUUCGUUUCGAUUUGCAUAUAAAUAUGUACGCGCUUGGCAAAUGGGUAGGUUAAAAAUGUGAUAAAUAUCCAACCUACUUAUAUUUAGUAGGGAUAAAAAAGAGUUAAAGAGUGAGGGAUGAUGUGAUUACCAGUUACCUAUUAUAGCCAAACUGCAAGUUCCUAAAAUCAUGUCAUCUUGAAAUAGAGGAGCUUAAACUCUUUGAAA